AUGGCAUCACAGACAUUCUACAAAGUGGGAGAUGGGGAUGAGGCCCUGCUGAAGAAGGAAACCCUCAAUGUCUUGAAUGCACUCAAUCAAAUGUCGAAGCCCUUUCCAAACCCCAAGUCAAUGAACAGGACCGUCACGACCAAAGGCCUCCCACUUUCCUCGAGGGGCAGUUUGGUGAACUUCUUAGAGGAGGAUGCCAUCAAUCUACCGAAGCACAUGCCGGUGGAGGAUUCCGAAUGUAGCUCCGAUGACACCAGCAUCUCCCCCAUGUCGUCUACCUUGUUGAAUCCCAUCAAGUUGGCCGUGACCCAGCCCAACAGCAGCUUCUUUGCGGGCAUGCUGGAGGGCGAGCUGAACAAACUCAGCCUCUCCUCGAUAGCCAAGGGCACAGAGAAGGAGCACCUGGCCCUCUGCCCCCAGUCUAAGUCCAGGAUGGCCCCUGGGGGUCUGCUGGACCUCAACAACCCUGAGGUGGACACAGACACGUCCUCCACGCCCUCGGAGUCCUCUGUGGUCUUGGAUGUGCCGGAGGCGCCCUUCAUCUGUGAACACACGGUCAGCGACUCCACAGCUGUGAUUUCCUGGACCUACGCCCCUGGCAAGCAGCAGGUCAGUUUCUACCAGGUCCUGUUACAGGAGGUGGUCAGGAAAAACAGCGGUGAGAUGCCCAAGGCGAAGAACCGCCCCUGGAUCUUCAAUAAAAUUCUGGGCACCACCGUCAAACUGAUGGAGCUGAAGCCGAACACGAGUUACUGCCUCACUGUCCGCGCAGCCAACACCGCGGGGGUGGGGACAUGGUGCAAGCCCUACAAGUUUGCAACCGUGGCCACCGACGUGAACAGCUUCCCCGAGAACAACCCCAUCCAGAUUACCGUGCAGCGCAAGGAGCCCCAGCGGAAGACCGUGUCCCUCGGGCUGGAGGACAUGCGCAGGCUCGAAGAUCUGGAACACCUCUUUCCCUACUAA